AUGUCAACGGAUGAGGAAGCGCUAGAUUCAUCUAGCCCGAUGUACAUGCAUCCGUCAGAGAACGCCGGAAUGAUGCUGGUACCGGCGGCUUUCGACGACAUUGGUUAUAGAUCCUGGAGAAGAGGAGUACUUAAGGCAUUAUCUAUGAAGAACAAGGUCGGUUUUAUCACUGGAAAGGUUAAGAAGCCAGAUCCAACUCAUGCCACAUUCGAUCAAUGGGAACGAUGUGACGACAUGGAAUUAGAAGAUAGAUAUGACCAAACUAACGGUGCCAAAUUAUAUCAGCUUCAGAAGGAAAUUAGUGAUCUAAGUCAAGGAACUCUUGACAUCACCGGGUACUAUACCAAAAUGAAAAAUCUUUGGGAAGAACUUAACACCUUGAAUGCACAUGUCCAGUGCAAUUGCACUUGCACUUGUGGAGCUAAGGCUAACAUGCACAAAGCGGAACAUGAUAGAAGGUUAAUUCAGUUUUUAAUGGGAUUAAAUAAGGUGUACACUGUGGUGAGAGGUAGUAUUUUGAUGAUGAAUCCACUACCUAGUAUUGCACAAGCAUUUUCCAUACUAAUUCAAGAGGAGAAACAGAGGAAAGUUAAACCACACAGUCAGUUUGUGAUGGAAUCUGCAUCUCUUAAUGCAAGUACAGGAAAUAACAAUUUUAGGACCAAUUACAACACAAGUGGAUACAAUACUAGAAAUGCUGGAAACAAUGCGAAUAGAGGAGGAUACAAUUCGAACAAACCUCGCCUGUUUUGCGACUACUGCAAGAAGCCAGGGCAUAGUAAGGAUAAGUGUUUCAAACUCCGUGGGUAUCCUCAGAAUUCAAGGUACCCAAGCUAUGGUAACAACAAUAAAGGGAAGAGAAUUGCAUCAAAUGUAUUUCGAGCACCAAAUGAUGGAUCUAAUGCUUCAGAAGUCGAAGGAGAUCAUCAUGAAGAGGGAAGAAUUAUGCAUCACUUGACUCAAGAGCAAUAUGGAAAACUUUUCAACAAUCUGGAAAAGCUUCAAGUAGCAAACACAAGGGAGAAAUCUGGAGACAUGAAGCUGACUGGAGGAGCUGUGAACUUUGCAGGUACAGUUGCUUGUUCUUCUUCUAUUGAGCAUGGGCCCUUCACUGAAGAGGCCACUGGAGAUUGGUGA